AUGAUCAGAUUCCUUGUCGGUUGGUCAAGCGGAUUUCCGUCAUCGGGGCUUUCCAUGCGGGUUCUCAUCAAUUUCAGGGUCAAAGGUCACAUUCUCGACACACUGGACUGCACCCGUUUACUCCACAAUUGGGUUGGCAACACGUGUACAAGUGAUGAAUCCCGUCUUCUGAUUCCCCAAUUGGAAUCUUGGGGCCUUCCAAGUGUAGCAACACGUGGCCGCGGUCACGUCGUCUGGCAGAGUUGGAGACCCGGGCCAAUCGCCGCAAAAGUCCUGGGAACAGAUGAUGUAGACCGAGGAAUCCGUGCCCACCAAUCUGCAGCAGGGCAAGAGUCCAAUCGCUUCAGGGACGACCUCCACUGGGCCACCUUCACAGCUGCCAAAGUGACGGCCAAUGUGGCUGCUGUAAAGGCGGCUGUUGAUGAAAAUGGCGGAAUUGCCUUGGAUGACCUGGAGGCAAUCCUUAGAAAGAAUUUGAAGUUGAUUUCAAAACUUCUGAGGAGAAUGCUGGGCUACAACAAAAAAGGGCUCACUGGCCUCUCCAGAACCAACACGUUUUUGGGGUCCGGUUUCCACCGGAUGCUGGAGCUGCGGCGCUUUGGUCCGCAACAAGUAUUACAAGAUUGUUUCAAUGCAGAUUUCAAUUUGGGGAGAAGUUUGGAAAUGUUACCUAUACUGACCAGAGAACCGCUGUACUACUCCAGAGCACUGGAUACUAUGAAACCAAUACCCGAGUGUUGUCUACACACGGCUUGUUCACAUUCAUACCCACCCCAGUGUAUUGGUCACCCAGCCAAGGACAGUGACUCCUCAACCGAAGUCGUUCCUGAGCCAGAAGUUGGAAUUUUACCCUGUUGCAGGUUGGUGGGUACGGAUGCCUCGGUGUACAUCCUCUGUUCCCAAGAAUUCUGCGGGGAUUGGCCCGGGUCUCCAACUCUGCCAGAGGACGUGGCCGCGGCCAAGUGCUGUUACACCUUUGAAAGUGGAACUACUGUUUGCGACAUUUAUUCUUGCAUGAAUCCAGAGCAAAGGCAUAACUUGGAAGGCCCCAAGAUUCCACUGGGGGAAUCCGAGCAUGGGGUUCAUUACUUGUACACGUGUUGCACAAGCAAUUGUGGGCUCUUUGGCUGUGGUCCACCUCCAGCCAUCAAACACCGGUCCCUCCAAUUGCCAGCCAGGGCAGUGCUUGGUCUCUCCAAUCCCCAGCCCACCAAACCGCAGUCCGGUCACCCAAUUGUUGGGGCAUACCAACAAUCAGGUGGGAUAGAGUUUGACUACUCUGUCAAAAUCAGGAGUCACUGGGAUCAACAAGAAGGCCUGCCAGAGUGCACCAGAGAGAAAAGGGAGGACAACCUGAAGUGCAAGAACCCCAAAAAGCGCAAAAAGAAGAAAUCAUGCAAAGAACCCAGUGAAGAAGAAUGCAAGGAGUCAAUAAGAAAGUACCAAAAGGUUUCCACUGCUCCUCCAAACGUACCUGACCCAUCAGGUUGUUGUUCCACAUCCAGUCAUCAAAACCCUGAGGAAGAGUAUUCUGAAAGUUAUGAGGACUAUGAUUAUGAAACCAGAAGCAGGAGAAUUACAUGUGUUUGCUGCAACCCAAAGGUAAAGAGGGUGAAUGCAGGAAGAACCAAGUUUUGCAUGAGCAAUCAGCACAACCAGCUGCCCCAGCAGAUCUUUUGUUGUUAUGGACAGCAAACCCAAGCAACACCCCAGGCCACUGUUAGUACCCAGCAGACUGCUGCUGAAACCCCUGGUGCUCCUUCUUGGUACCCAACCUUCCCAAGCAUCCCAACAUACCCACCUUUCCCUGAAUAUCCUCCUUUCCCUACUUACUUUCCUUAUAUUCCUCCAUACCCUACCCCUUUUCACUUCACUAGAGUUCACACCACCCCUGAGGAACCUUAUUGGACUGUUGAAGCAACCCAAAGGCACACCACUCAAGUCCACAGUACACCCAGCCCAACAGAGACCACACCUUUUGUGCAACAUACAACCACUGCCCCACGUACCACCAUGGCCCCCCAUACAACCUCUGUUCCUGCCACAGCCACUGUUCCAGUCACAACCACUGCUCCAACCACAACAACUGUAGAAACCACAAUAACAACCACUACUCCUACAACAACUACUACCCCAACCACAACAACUAAACGGAGAACAACUAAAAUUGUCACACAUGUCAUCACAGAGCCCUCCCUCCCCAAUAUAUUCCAAGAUCAAAGAUUGGCCAAAGCAUUAAGAAGGCUGUUGGACAAUCAUGAGGAUUCACACAAACGCCGGGGACUCAUAAAAGAAAGGGUGAAUGUAGAGAAGUACUAUGUCUUCCCACCUAAACAUGGGAUGUCCAUGGGCCACCAUCCUCCAAUUCAUCCUGCAGUACAACCAGUGAUUCCACCCAGACUCCAGCCUUUCAUGCAAUAUAGGAAAAGGUAGAUUAUGGAAUAAACAUCUGAACAGUUUGUCUCAAAAU